AUGCUUGUGGGUGAGGUGGGUCUCGUGCUCCUAGUCGUGGAGGCGGGGCUUCACGUCGACGUCGAGAUGCUCGAGAUCAUCGGCGCGCGCGGCCUCGCCGUGGGUCUCCUGGGCUCGGCGCUGCCCCUGGCGCUCGCGCUGACCGCCGCGUAUUUCUGGGGCGCGACGCUCGUCGAGGCCUUCGCCGUCGCCGCCUGCAUGGCGACGACAGUGGCACCCGAACGACCACUUUGGCCUGGCACACUGCGUGCAGGAGCUCUACGUGCGCGACGGAACCCUGCUGCUGCCGACGGCCGUCGACCUGCCUCGGGAAGAUGAGGCGGAGCUCGAGCGUCGGACGGAGGUCAUCGUGGCGACGAUCCGCCACGCCCUCGGCGACGACGACCAGAACGAAGUACAGCUCCGGCGAUGGCUGCCGGGCUGCCACGUCGUCGACGGCGCGGGGCGCCUCGAGCCGAUCGCGGACGCGGCGGACCGGUGCCGGUUCCUCGCGACGAACGCCGACGGGCGUCUCAGACGGACGGGCCACAGCGAGUCGCGGCUGAGCUUGUUGGUCGAGGCGUCGCCGCCGCCGCCUCCGACCUUGCAACGCAGCCAGUCGAGUCUGCAAAUGCUCGUCGCGGCCGCGCGCCACGUGCUCGAUCCCGACGCGGCCACGCGGGCGUUCCAGACCGAGACGCAGUCGGCGGCGCUCCACGCCGACGCGCACCACGAAUUGGACGGUUUUGUCCACCGCGGCGCGCACCAUCCCUUCGCGUUACCCGAUGAUGACGAUCACGAGGCCGAGGAGGCGCUCGUGUUCGGCACGCCGCAAUACACGCGGCCGGCGGCGCCGCACCACCUGCACGACGUCGAGCUCGCGCCUGACGGCGGCACGCUCCUCGACGACUCGGCCCACAUCCGGCGCCGGAGCUUCUCGCACAGUGACCUCACGCGCCUGUCGCCGCCGCGGCCCACGGCCGCAGAGCGGGCCUCGUCCGACGGCGCGGCGAUGCGUGUAUCGCCGAUGCGCGGAUCGAAGUCGAGCGGCCAGCUUACCCACGUGUGA